CGCCGAGUGCGCGCGCCCGCGCCGAUGUGUGUGAGUGCGUGUCCUGCUAGCUCCAUGUUGCCGCCUCUCCCGGUACCUGCUGCUGCUGCUGCUGCUCCCGGGGCUGCGGGAAAUGCGAGAGGCUGAGCCGGGGAGGAGCAACUCGAGCAGCAGCAGCGGCGGCGGCUGCGGCCGCUGCGGCGGGAGGAGCCCCCCAGGAGGAGGACGGGGAUCCAUGUGUCUUUCCUGGUGACUAGGAUGUCGUCGGAGGAGGACCGGAGCGCGGAGCAGCAGCAGCCGCCGCCAGCACCCCCCGAGGAGCCCGGAGCCCCGGCCCCGAGCCCCGCAGCCGCAGACAAAAGACCUCGGGGCCGGCCUCGCAAAGAUGGCGCUUCCCCUUUCCAGAGAGCCAGAAAGAAGCCUCGAAGUAGAGGAAAAUCUACAGUGGAAGACGAGGACAGCAUGGAUGGACUGGAGACGACGGAAACAGAAAAUAUUGUGGAGACAGCAGAAAUCAAAGAACAAUCUGUGGAAGAGGAUGCUGAAACAGAAGUGGAUAGCAGCAAACAGCCAGUCUCAGCUCUACAGCGGUCUGUGUCUGAGGAAUCGGCAAACUCCCUGGUCUCUGUUGGCGUAGAAGCCAAAAUCAGUGAGCAGCUCUGCGCUUUUUGUUAUUGUGGAGAGAAAAGUUCCUUAGGACAAGGAGACUUGAAACAAUUCAGAGUAACACCUGGACUUACCUUACCUUGGAAAGAUCAACCUUCUAACAAGGACAUUGAUGACAGCGGUAGUGGGACCUGUGAGAAAAUACAGAACUACGCUCCACGAAAGCAAAGAGGACAGAGAAAAGAACGACCUCCCCAGCAGAGUGCCGUUUCUUGUGUAAGUGUAAGCACCCAGACUGCCUGUGAGGACCAGGCUGGCAAGUUAUGGGAUGAACUCAGUCUGGUUGGCCUUCCAGAUGCCAUUGAUGUCCAAGCCUUAUUUGAUUCCACAGGCACUUGCUGGGCUCAUCAUCGAUGUGUAGAGUGGUCACUGGGAAUAUGCCAAAUGGAAGAACCAUUAUUAGUAAAUGUGGACAAAGCUGUUGUCUCAGGGAGCACAGAACGAUGUGCAUUUUGUAAACACCUUGGAGCCACUAUCAAAUGCUGUGAAGAGAAGUGUACCCAGAUGUACCAUUACCCAUGUGCUGCAGGGGCUGGCACCUUUCAGGACUUUAGUCACUUCUUCCUUCUCUGUCCAGAACACAUCGACCAAGCUCCUGAAAGAUCAAAGGAAGAUGCAAACUGUGCAGUGUGUGACAGCCCCGGAGAUCUUUUAGAUCAGUUCUUUUGUACCACUUGUGGUCAGCACUACCAUGGGAUGUGCCUGGAUAUAGCUGUUACUCCAUUAAAGCGUGCUGGUUGGCAGUGUCCUGAGUGUAAAGUGUGCCAGAACUGCAAACAAUCGGGAGAAGAUAGCAAGAUGCUGGUAUGUGAUACAUGUGACAAAGGGUACCAUACUUUUUGUCUUCAACCUGUUAUGAAAUCAGUGCCAACCAAUGGCUGGAAAUGCAAAAAUUGCAGAAUCUGUAUAGAAUGUGGCACACGAUCUAGUACUCAGUGGCACCACAACUGUUUGAUAUGUGACACUUGUUAUCAACAGCAGGAUAAUUUAUGUCCUUUUUGUGGAAAAUGUUACCAUCCAGAGUUACAGAAAGAUAUGCUGCACUGUAAUAUGUGUAAGAGAUGGGUUCACUUAGAAUGUGACAAACCAACUGAUCAGGAAUUGGAUUCUCAGCUCAAAGAAGACUAUAUCUGCAUGUAUUGUAAACACUUAGGAGCUGAGAUAGAUCCCUUACAUCCAGGGAAUGAAGUGGAGAUGCCUGAAAUACCUACAGAUUAUGCCAGUGGAAUGGAAAUUGAAGGUACUGAAGAUGAAGUGGUAUUUCUGGAGCAGACAGUAAAUAAAGAUGUCAGUGAUCACCAGUGCAGACCUGGAAUUGUUCCAGAUGCAGUUCAAGUGUACACUGAAGAGCCCCAGAAAAGUAAUCCACUAGAAAGCCCUGACACAGUUGGUCUCAUUACUUCUGAAUCAUCUGACAAUAAAAUGAAUCCUGAUUUGGCAAAUGAGAUUGCUCAUGAGGUUGAUACUGAGAAAAUGGAAAUGCUUUCUAAAGGGGGACAUGUUUGUGAGGAAGAUCAAAAUGCAGACACAAUGGAAGUGACAGAAAACAUUGAAGUCCUUCCACACCAAACCAUUGUGCCACAAGAGGACCUGCUGCUGUCAGAGGACUCUGAGGUGGCAUCUAAAGAACCGAGCCCUCCAAAAUCAGCUCCUGAGACUGCUGCACCAGAAGCCUUAUUGUCCCCACACAGUGAAAGGUCCUUAUCUUGUAAGGAACCAUUGCUGACAGAAAGAGUACAAGAAGAAAUGGAACAGAAGGAAAAUUCUGAAUUCCCCACAGGAUGUGUGGAUUUUGAAAUGACUCUUGCUGUUGACAGUUGUGACAAAGAUAGUUCAUGCCAAGGAGACAAAUAUGUAGAGUUACCAGCUGAGGAAGAAUCAACAUUCUCUUCAGCAACUGACCUGAACAAGGCAGAUGUGUCUUCUUCCUCCACACUUUGUUCAGACUUGCCUUCAUGUGACAUGCUGCACAGUUACCCUCCAGCUUUCAACUCUGCUGCUGGAAGCAUCAUGCCAACAACAUACAUCUCAGUCACUCCAAAAAUUGGCAUGGGUAAACCAGCUAUUACCAAAAGAAAAUUUUCUCCUGGUAGACCCCGGUCCAAACAGGGGGCUUGGAGUAACCAUAACACAGUGAGCCCGCCUUCCUGGGCCCCAGACACUUCAGAAGGCCGGGAAAUUUUUAAACCCAGGCAGCUUUCUGGCAGUGCCAUUUGGAGCAUCAAAGUGGGCCGAGGGUCUGGAUUUCCGGGAAAGCGGAGGCCUCGUGGUGCUGGGCUGUCAGGACGAGGUGGCAGAGGCAGGUCUAAACUAAAGAGUGGAAUUGGAGCUGUUGUAUUACCUGGGGUGUCUGCUGCAGAUAUUUCAUCAAAUAAAGAUGAAGAAGAAAACUCUAUGCACAAUACAGUUGUUUUGUUUUCUAGUAGUGACAAGUUCACUUUGCAGCAGGAUAUGUGUGUAGUUUGUGGCAGUUUCGGCCAAGGAGCAGAAGGAAGAUUACUUGCCUGUUCACAGUGUGGUCAAUGUUACCAUCCAUACUGUGUCAGUAUUAAGAUCACUAAAGUGGUUCUUAGCAAAGGUUGGAGAUGUCUUGAGUGCACUGUGUGUGAGGCCUGUGGGAAGGCAACUGACCCUGGAAGACUCUUGCUAUGUGAUGACUGUGACAUAAGCUAUCAUACCUACUGCCUAGACCCUCCAUUGCAGACAGUUCCCAAAGGAGGCUGGAAAUGCAAAUGGUGUGUUUGGUGCAGACACUGUGGAGCAACAUCUGCAGGUUUGAGAUGCGAAUGGCAGAACAAUUACACACAGUGUGCUCCUUGUGCCAGCCUGUCUUCCUGCCCUGUCUGCUGUCGGAACUACAGAGAAGAGGACCUCAUCCUGCAGUGUAGACAGUGUGAUAGGUGGAUGCAUGCAGUUUGUCAAAACUUAAAUACUGAGGAGGAAGUGGAAAAUGUAGCAGACAUUGGUUUUGAUUGUAGCAUGUGCAGACCCUAUAUGCCUGUGUCUAAUGUGCCUUCCUCAGACUGCUGUGACUCUUCUCUUGUGGCACAGAUCGUCACAAAAGUGAAAGAGCUAGACCCCCCUAAGACCUACACCCAGGAUGGUGUGUGUCUGACCGAGUCAGGGAUGAGUCAGCUACAGAGCCUCACAGUCACAGCUCCCAGGAGAAAACGCACAAAACCAAAACUGAAAUUGAAGAUUAUAAAUCAGAAUAGUGUGGCUGUCCUUCAGACCCCUCCAGACAUCCAGUCAGAACAUUCAAGAGAUGGUGAAAUGGAUGAUAGUCGAGAAGGAGAACUUAUGGAUUGUGAUGGAAAAUCUGAAUCUAGUCCUGAGCGGGAAGCUGGAGAUGAUGAAACUAAGGGAAUAGAAGGAACAGAUGCCAUAAAAAAGAGAAAAAGAAAACCAUACAGACCAGGUAUUGGUGGAUUUAUGGUACGACAAAGAAGUCGAACAGGACAAGGAAAAGCCAAAAGAUCUGUGGUUAGAAAAGAUUCUUCCGGCUCUAUUUCUGAGCAGUUACCUAGCAGAGAUGAUGGCUGGAGGGAGCAGUUACCAGAUACCCUAGUUGAUGAGCCUGUUUCUGUUGCUGAGAACACUGACAAAAUAAAGAAGAGAUACCGAAAAAGGAAAAAUAAGCUUGAAGAAACCUUUCCUGCUUAUUUACAAGAAGCAUUUUUUGGAAAAGAUCUUCUAGAUACCAGCAGACAAAACAAGCUGAGUGUAGAUAAUCUGUCAGAAGAUGCAGCUCAGCUUUCAUAUAAAACAGGUUUCUUGGAUCCUUCCUCAGAUCCGCUACUGAGUUCAUCUUCUGCUUCAGCAAAACCUGGAACUCAGGGUACUGCUGAUGAUCCAUUAGCUGAUAUUUCUGAAGUCUUAAACACAGAUGAUGACAUUCUUGGAAUAAUCUCAGAUGAUCUUGCAAAAUCAGUUGAUCAUUCAGGUCUUGAUUUAUGCACUUUCCAGGUUGGGAGCUCACCCUUCCCUUUGGAUAUGGGCCCCACUACUGCUGAUGCCUCCUCAUUGCCUCAGCCAGGUGUCAGUCAGAGUUCACGGCCAUUAACUGAAGAGCAGCUAGAUGGGAUCCUCAGUCCUGAGCUAGACAAAAUGGUCACAGAUGGUAAAAUACUUACCCUACAUCUAGGCUUUCUAAAAGACUUGAGAGCAAUUCUUGGAAAGUUAUAUAAAAUUCCAGAGCUUGGAGGAAAGGAUGUUGAAGACUUGUUUACUGCUGUACUUAGCCCUGCUACCACUCAGCCAGCUCCAUUACCACAGCCUCCCCCUCCACCACAGCUAUUGCCAAUGCACAAUCAGGAUGUUUUUCCCCGGAUGCCACUCAUGAAUGGCCUUAUUGGACCCAGUCCUCACCUUCCACAUAAUUCUUUGCCUCCUGGAAGUGGAUUGGGGACUUUCCCUGCUAUAGCACAAUCCCCUUAUACUGAUGUCAGGGAUAAAAGUCCAGCAUUUAAUGCAAUUGCAAGUGAUCCUAACAACUCCUGGGCACCAACAACUCCAAGUAUGGAAGGAGAAAAUGACACCCUGUCAAAUGCACAGCGGAGCACAUUGAAGUGGGAGAAAGAGGAGGCUCUCGGUGAGAUGGCAACAGUAGCACCAGUUCUCUACACAAAUAUUAAUUUCCCAAAUUUAAAGGAAGAAUUCCCAGAUUGGACUACUCGAGUGAAACAAAUUGCCAAGUUGUGGAGAAAAGCCAGCUCUCAGGAAAGAGCACCAUAUGUGCAAAAAGCCAGAGAUAACAGGGCUGCUUUACGCAUAAAUAAAGUUCAGAUGUCAAACGAUUCUAUGAAGAGACAACAACAGCAAGACAGCAUCGAUCCCAGCUCACGCAUCGAUUCGGAUCUUUUUAAAGAUCCUUUAAAGCAGAGAGAAUCAGAGCAUGAACAGGAAUGGAAGUUUAGACAGCAAAUGCGUCAGAAAAGUAAGCAACAAGCUAAAAUUGAAGCCACACAGAAGCUGGAACAAGUGAAGAAUGAGCAGCAGCAGCAACAACAACAACAGCAGCAGCAGCAGCAGCAGCUUGCUUCUCAGCACCUUCUAGUAGCACCUGGUUCAGAUACUCCAAAUAGUGGCGCACAGAGUCCCUUGACACCUCAGGCUGGCAAUGGGAAUGUGUCUCCUGCACAGACAUUCCAUAAAGACCUAUUCUCCAAACACCUACCUGGUACCCCUGCUUCCACACCUUCAGAUGCUGUGUUUGUCAAACCACAACCUCCACCCCCUCCUUCAACCCCAUCCCGUAUACCUGUUCAGGAAAGUCUUUCUCAGUCCCAAAAUUCUCAGCCACCUUCUCCACAGAUGUUCUCACCUGGAUCAUCCCAUUCCAGACCACCAUCUCCAGUGGAUCCUUAUGCAAAAAUGGUUGGUACUCCUAGACCACCUCCUGGUGGACAUAGUUUUCCAAGAAGAAAUUCUGUUACACCAGUGGAAAACUGUGUGCCUUUAUCUUCAGUAUCUAGGCCCAUUCAUCUGAAUGAAACAUCAGCUACAAGGCCAUCCCCGGCCAGAGACUUAUGUGCUUCCUCCAUGACAAGCAGUGACCCCUAUGCAAAGCCUCCAGAUACACCUAGGCCCAUGAUGACAGAUCAGUUUUCAAAACCUUUUAGCCUGCCUAGGUCGCCUGUGAUUUCAGAACAAAGUACAAAAGGUCCUCUAACAACUGGAACCAGUGAUCACUUUACUAAACCAUCUCCUAGAACAGAUGCCUUUCAAAGGCAACGGCUACCUGAUCCCUAUGCAGGACCGUCAUUGACACCUGCCCCACUGGGUAACGGGCCUUUUAAGACCCCACUGCACCCUCCUCCAUCUCAGGAUCCAUAUGGAUCUGUGUCACAGACAUCAAGACGACUCUCUGUUGACCCUUAUGAAAGGCCUGCCUUGACACCAAGGCCAGUAGAUAAUUUUUCUCAUAGUCAGUCAAAUGAUCCAUAUAGCCAGCCUCCCCUAACUCCACACCCAGCAAUGACUGAAUCUUUUACUCAUGCUUCAAGGGCUUUUCCUCAGCCUGGAACCAUAUCAAGGUCAGCAUCUCAGGACCCAUAUUCACAACCCCCAGGAACUCCACGCCCUCUUAUAGAUUCUUAUUCCCAAACCUCAGGAACAGCUCGAUCCAAUCCAGAUCCUUAUUCCCAACCUGGUACUCCCCGGCCUAACACUAUUGAUCCAUAUAGUCAGCAGCCACCUACCCCCAGGCCUUCUCCACAGACAGACAUGUUUGUUUCCUCUGUGGCAAAUCAGAGACACACUGAUCCAUAUACUCAUCAUCUUGGGCCUCCAAGACCUGGAAUUUCUGUUCCCUAUUCUCAGCCACCAGCAGUACCAAGGCCAAGGACUUCAGAGGGUUUUACUAGGCCCUCCAGUGCAAGACCAGCCCUCAUGCCAAACCAGGAUCCUUUUUUGCAAGCAGCACAAAACCGAGUACCAGGUUUACCUGGCCCUUUGAUAAGGCCACCUGAUACAUGCUCCCAGACUCCCAGGCCACCUGGGCCUGGUCUUAUAGACACAUUCACUCAUGCUUCCUCAUCUGCUGUUCGUGAUCCAUAUGAUCAGCCUCCAAUGACUCCCAGGCCUCAUUCUGAGUCUUUCGGAGCUAGUCAAGUUGUUCACGAUCUUGUUGACCGUCCAGUUCCCGGGUCAGAGGGAAACUUUAGCACGUCUUCAAACCUUCCUGUAAGCUCCCAAGGGCAGCAGUUCUCCAGUGUCUCCCAGCUUCCUGGACCCGUGCCAACCUCAGGAGGAACUGAUACACAGAACACUGUAAACAUGUCUCAAGCUGACACAGAGAAACUGAGACAGCGGCAGAAACUGCGUGAAAUCAUUCUCCAACAACAACAGCAGAAGAAGAUUGCUAGUCGCCAGGAGAAGGGGCCUCAGGAUACAGCAGUAGUACCUCACCCAGUGCCCCUUCCACACUGGCAGCCAGAGAGCAUCAACCAGGCUUUCACUCGACCUCCACCUCCCUAUCCUGGGAGCACUCGAUCACCUGUUAUCCCUCCACUAGGACCUAGAUAUGCAGUUUUCCCCAAAGAUCAGCGUGGACCCUAUCCUCCAGAGGUUGCUGGUAUGGGCAUGAGACCUCAUGGAUUUAGGUUUGGAUUUCCAGGAGCUGGCCAUGGUCCCAUGCCAAGCCAAGAUCGCUUCCAUGUGCCUCAGCAAAUACAAGGAUCUGGAAUUCCUCCACACAUAAGAAGACCAAUGUCUAUGGAAAUGCCUAGACCUUCAAAUAACCCACCAUUAAAUAAUCCAGUUGGGCUUCCUCAGCAUUUCCCACCACAGGGCCUGCCAGUUCAGCAGCAUAAUAUACUAGGCCAGGCAUUUAUUGAGUUGAGGCAUAGAGCUCCUGAUGGAAGGUCACGGUUGCCAUUUGCUGCUUCUCCUAGCAGUGUUAUAGAGUCACCUUCUCAUCCAAGACAUGGAAAUUUCCUUCCCAGACCUGAUUUUCCUGGCCCUAGACACACAGACCCCAUAAGACAGCCUUCCCAGUGUCUAUCUAAUCAGCUACCUGUGCAUCCAAAUUUAGAGCAGGUCCCACCUUCUCAGCAAGAGCAAGGUCAUCCUGCUCACCAAUCUUCUAUUGUCAUGAGGCCCCUAAAUCAUCCUUUAAGUGGUGAAUUUUCUGAGGCUCCUUUGUCAACAUCUACCCCAGCUGAAACAUCACCAGAUAACUUAGAGAUAGCUGGUCAGUCUUCUGCUGGCCUGGAAGAAAAACUAGACUCUGAUGAUCCUUCUGUGAAAGAACUGGAUGUGAAAGAUCUUGAGGGGGUUGAAGUCAAAGAUUUGGAUGAUGAAGAUCUAGAAAAUUUAAAUUUAGACGCAGAGGAUGGCAAGGGUGAUGACCUGGACACUUUAGACAAUUUGGAAACUAAUGACCCUAACCUGGAUGACCUCCUAAGGUCAGGUGAAUUUGAUAUCAUUGCAUACACAGAUCCAGAACUUGACUUAGGGGAUAAAAAAAGCAUGUUCAAUGAAGAAUUAGACCUUAAUGUUCCAAUUGAUGAUAAGCUAGAUAAUCAGUGUGUAUCUGUUGAACCAAAAACAAGGGAUCAAGGAGACAAAACUGUGGUUCUUGAAGAUAAGGAUUUGCCACAGAGAAAGUCCAGUGUUACCAGUGAGAUAAAGACAGAAGCCCUGUCUCCCUACUCUAAAGAAGAAAUACAGAGUGAAAUUAAGAACCAUGAUGACAGUAGAGGUGAUGCUGAUACUGCGUGCUCACAGGCUUCUUCUGCUCAGACCAAUCACAGUGACAGAGGAAAGACUGCUCUACUGACUACGGAUCAAGAUAUGCUUGAGAAAAGAUGUAACCAGGAGAAUGCUGUUCCUGUUGUCAGUGCCAUUCAAGGGUCCACUCCUCUGCCUGCUCGGGAUGUGAUGAACUCUUGUGACAUAACAGGAUCCACUCCAGUUCUCUCGAGUUUACUUUCUAAUGAGAAGUGUGAUAAUUCAGACACUAGGCCUUCAGGGUCCUCCCCACCAAGUCUGCCCAUCUCACCAUCCACUCAUGGGUCAAGUUUGCCUCCUCCUUUAAUAGUACCACCUAGCCCUAUUUUGGAUAAUACCGUGAAUUCUAAUGUAACAGUGGUCCCUAGGAUAAACCAUGCUUUUUCUCAGGGUGUGCCAGUAAAUCCAGGAUUCAUUCAGGGCCAAUCAUCAGUGAACCAUAAUUUAGGGACAGGGAAACCUACAAAUCAAACUGUGCCUCUCACAAAUCAGUCCAGCACCAUGUCUGGACCGCAGCAGCUCAUGAUUCCUCAAACAUUAGCCCAGCAGAACAGAGAGAGGCCCCUCCUUCUAGAGGAACAGCCUCUGCUUCUACAAGAUCUUUUGGAUCAAGAGAGGCAAGAACAGCAACAGCAAAGACAAAUGCAAGCCAUGAUUCGUCAGCGGUCAGAACCAUUCUUCCCUAACAUUGAUUUUGAUGCAAUUACAGAUCCUAUAAUGAAAGCGAAAAUGGUAGCCCUUAAAGGCAUAAAUAAAGUGAUGGCACAGAACAGUCUGGGCAUGCCACCAAUGGUGAUGAGCAGAUUCCCCUUCAUGGGCCCAUCAGUGGCUGGAACGCAAAACAAUGAAGGCCAGACCCUAGUGCCACAAGCUGUAGCUCAGGAUGGCAGUAUAACACAUCAGAUUUCUAGGCCUAAUCCUCCAAAUUUUGGUCCAGGCUUUGUCAAUGACUCUCAGCGUAAGCAGUAUGAAGAAUGGCUACAGGAGACUCAGCAGCUGCUUCAGAUGCAGCAGAAGUAUCUCGAAGAACAAAUUGGUGCACACAGAAAAUCUAAGAAGGCUCUUUCAGCCAAACAGCGCACGGCCAAGAAGGCAGGGCGGGAGUUCCCAGAAGAGGACGCAGAGCAACUCAAGCAUGUUACUGAGCAGCAGAGCAUGGUUCAGAAACAGCUUGAGCAGAUUCGUAAACAACAGAAAGAGCAUGCUGAGCUGAUUGAAGAUUAUCGGAUCAAACAGCAGCAGCAGCAGCAGCAACAGUGUGCCCUAGCCCCUCCCAUCCUCAUGCCAGGGGUUCAGCCCCAGCCACCUCUAGUUCCAGGUGCCACUCCACUCACCAUGAGCCAACCCAACUUUCCCAUGGUGCCACAGCAGCUUCAGCACCAGCAGCACACAGCAGUCAUCUCAGGGCAUACCAGCCCUGUGAGAAUGCCCAGUUUACCUGGAUGGCAAUCUAACAGUGCUUCUGCUCACCUCCCCCUUAAUCCUCCUAGAAUUCAGCCCCCAAUUGCCCAACUAUCUUUAAAAACUUGUACACCAGCCCCAGGGACAGUGUCAAGUGCAAAUCCACAGAAUGGACCACCACCUCGAGUGGAAUUUGAUGACAACAAUCCUUUCAGUGAAAGUUUUCAAGAGCGAGAAAGGAAGGAACGCUUACGAGAACAGCAGGAAAGACAGCGAGUUCAACUGAUGCAAGAAGUAGACAGACAGAGAGCUCUGCAGCAGCGGAUGGAGAUGGAGCAGCAUUGUCUGAUGGGUGCUGAGCUAGCCAACAGGACACCUGUUUCCCAGAUGCCAUUCUAUGGUUCUGACAGACCUUGUGACUUUUUGCAACCUCCACGACCCCUUCAGCAGUCUCCACAACACCAGCAACAAAUAGGGCCAGUUUUACAGCAGCAAAAUGUCCAACAAGGGUCUGUUAACUCACCCCCAAACCAAACUUUCAUGCAAACCAAUGAGCAAAGGCAGGUAGGGCCUCCCUCCUUUGUUCCAGAUUCACCAUCUGCUUCUGGUGGGAGCCCAAACUUUCAUUCUGUUAAGCAGGGGCAUGGAAAUCUUUCUGGGUCCAGCUUUCAGCAGUCUCCACUGAGGCCUCCAUUCACACCAGUUUUACCAGGAACGUCUCCAGUAGCUAAUAGCAAUGUCCCUUGUGGCCAAGACCCUGCUGUAACACAGGGACAAAAUUAUUCAGGAUCCAGCCAGUCUCUCAUUCAGUUAUAUUCUGACAUAAUCCCAGAAGAAAAGGGGAAAAAGAAAAGAACAAGAAAAAAGAAAAAAGAAGAUGAUGCAGAAUCCGGCAAAGCACCAUCAACUCCCCACUCGGACUGUGCUGCUCCACUAACCCCAGGCCUCUCAGAAACUACCUCCACUCCUGCAGUGAGCACACCCAGUGAGCUCCCUCAACAAAGACAACAGGAGCCAGGGGAGCCAGUGCGUGUACCCACUCCAAAUGUGUCAACAGGCCAGCCUUGUAUAGAGUCAGAAAACAAACUUCCCAACAGUGAAUUCAUAAAAGAAACUUCAAAUCAACAAACACAUGUGAAUGCAGAGGCAGACAAGCCUUCCGUGGAAACCCCUAACAAAACUGAAGAAAUAAAGUUGGAAAAGACUGAGACACAGCCAAGUCAGGAGGAUACCAAAGUGGAAGAGAAAACUGGUAGUAAGAUCAAAGACAUUGUAGCUGGUCCUGUCUCCUCAAUACAGUGUCCUUCCCAUCCUGUCGGAACCCCUAUUACCAAAGGAGAUACAGGAAAUGAACUACUGAAGCACUUGUUAAAAAAUAAGAAGGCCUCUUCUCUUCUAACUCAGAAACCUGAGGGCACUUUAUCUUCAGAUGAAAGUUCUACAAAGGAUGGUAAACUGAUUGAGAAGCAGAGUCCAGCAGAAGGAUUGCAAACUUUGGGGGCUCAAAUGCAAGGUGGUUUUGGAGGUGGCAACAGCCAGUUGCCAAAAACAGAUGGAGCAAGUGAAAACAAGAAACAGCGAAGCAAACGGACUCAAAGGACGGGGGAAAAAGCAGCACCUCGCUCAAAGAAAAGGAAGAAGGAUGAAGAGGAAAAGCAGGCUAUGUACUCCAGCUCUGACUCCUUCACCCACUUGAAACAGCAGCUCUCUCUGCUCCCUCUAAUGGAACCGAUCAUUGGAGUGAACUUUGCGCACUUUCUUCCUUAUGGCAGUGGCCAAUUUAAUAGUGGGACUCGACUUCUAGGAACUUUUGGCAGUGCCGCCCUUGAAGGGGUCUCAGACUACUAUUCUCAGUUGAUCUACAAGCAGAAUAAUUUAAGUAAUCCUCCAACACCCCCUGCCUCUCUUCCUCCUACACCACCUCCUAUGGCUUGCCAGAAGAUGGCAAAUGGUUUUGCAACGACUGAAGAACUUGCUGGAAAAGCUGGCGUGUUGGUGAGCCAUGAAGUUGCCAGAGUUUUAGGACCGAAGCCAUUUCAGCUGCCUUUCAGACCUCAGGAUGACUUGCUGGCUCGAGCUAUUGCUCAAGGCCCGAAGACAGUGGAUGUUCCUGCCUCACUUCCAACACCGCCUCAUAAUAAUCAUGAAGAAUUAAGGAUACAGGACCACUAUGGUGACCGGGACACUCCCGAUAGUUUCGUCCCCUCAUCUUCUCCUGAGAGUGUGGUUGGUGUGGAGGUGAACAAGUACCCAGAUCUGUCACUGGUGAAAGAGGAGCCUCCAGAACCUGUGCCGUCCCCCAUCAUCCCCAUUCUUCCCAGCAUAUCCGGGAAAAAUUCAGAAUCAAGAAGAAAUGACAUCAAAACUGAGCCAGGCACUUUAUUUUUUACUUCACCUUUUGGUUCAUCCCCAAAUGGUCCCAGAUCGGGUCUUAUAUCUGUAGCGAUCACUCUACAUCCUACAGCUGCUGAGAACAUCAGCAGCGUUGUUGCUGCAUUUUCUGACCUUCUUCACGUGAGAAUUCCUAACAGCUAUGAGGUUAGUAAUGCUCCAGAUGCUCCACCCAUGGGUUUGGUCAGUAGCCACAGAGUAAACCCAGGUUUGGAGUAUCGGCAGCAUUUGCUUCUUCGUGGGCCUCCACCAGGAUCUGCAAAUCCUCCCAGAUUAGCAACCUCUUACCGGUUGAAGCAGCCUAAUGUACCAUUUCCUCCAGCAAGCAAUGGUCUUUCUGGGUAUAAAGACUCUAGUCAUGGUCCAGCAGAAGGUGCAUCGCUCCGCCCACAGUGGUGCUGCCACUGCAAGGUGGUUAUUCUUGGAAGUGGUGUGCGGAAGUCAUGCAAGGAUCUGACCUUUGUGAACAAGGGUUCCCGAGAGAACACCAAAAGGAUGGAAAAGGAUAUUGUCUUUUGUAGUAAUAACUGCUUUAUUCUUUAUUCAUCAGCUGCACAAGCAAAAAACUCAGACAACAAGGAAUCCCUUCCGUCACUGCCACAGUCCCCUAUGAAGGAGCCUUCCAAAGCAUUUCACCAGUAUAGCAACAACAUCUCCACUUUGGAUGUACACUGUCUCCCUCAGUUCCAGGAAAAGGUUUCCCCUCCUGCAUCACCUCCCAUAUCCUUCCCUCCAGCCUUUGAAGCAGCCAAAGUAGAGUCCAAGCCUGAUGAGCUUAAGGUAACGGUCAAGUUAAAGCCUCGGCUGAGGACUGUUCCUGUUGGGCUUGAAGACUGUAGACCACUGAAUAAAAAGUGGAGAGGAAUGAAGUGGAAGAAAUGGAGCAUUCAUAUUGUCAUCCCCAAGGGGACCUUUAAGCCACCUUGUGAGGAUGAAAUAGAUGAGUUUCUAAAGAAAUUGGGCACUUGUCUUAAACCUGACCCUGUGCCCAAAGACUGUCGGAAGUGCUGCUUUUGUCACGAGGAAGGGGACGGGCUGACAGAUGGGCCAGCACGGCUGCUCAACUUGGACCUAGACCUCUGGGUCCACCUGAACUGUGCUCUGUGGUCCACAGAGGUUUAUGAAACACAGGCUGGUGCCUUAAUAAAUGUGGAGCUAGCGCUGAGGAGAGGACUACAAAUGAAGUGUGUCUUCUGUCAUAAGACAGGUGCCACCAGUGGAUGUCAUAGAUUCCGAUGUACCAACAUUUAUCAUUUUACUUGCGCCACUAAAGCACAAUGCAUGUUUUUUAAGGACAAAACAAUGCUUUGCCCCAUGCACAAACCAAAGGGAAUCCACGAGCAACAGUUAAGUUACUUUGCAGUCUUCAGGAGGGUCUAUGUGCAACGAGAUGAGGUGCGGCAGAUCGCUAGUAUCGUGCAGCGGGGAGAGCGGGACCAUACCUUUCGUGUUGGGAGCCUCAUCUUCCACACCAUUGGUCAGCUGCUUCCACAACAGAUGCAAGCAUUCCACUCUCCGAAAGCACUCUUCCCAGUGGGCUAUGAAGCCAGCCGGUUAUACUGGAGCACCCGCUAUGCCAACCGACGCUGCCGGUACCUGUGCUCCAUUGAGGAGAAAGAUGGGCGGCCUGUGUUUGUCAUCAGGAUUGUAGAGCAAGGCCAUGAGGACCUGGUCUUAAGUGAUUCAUCACCUAAAGAUGUUUGGGAUAAAAUUUUGGAGCCUGUGGCUUGUGUGAGAAAACAAUCUGAAAUGCUGCAGCUUUUCCCUGCGUAUUUGAAAGGAGAAGACCUGUUUGGCCUGACUGUCUCUGCAGUAGCACGGAUAGCUGAAUCACUUCCUGGGGUUGAGGCAUGUGAAAAUUACACCUUCCGAUAUGGCCGUAAUCCUCUCAUGGAGCUUCCCCUUGCCGUGAACCCCACAGGUUGUGCCCGUUCUGAACCUAAAAUGAGCGCCCAUGUCAAGAGGUUUGUGUUAAGGCCUCACACCUUGAAUAGCACCAGCACUUCAAAGUCAUUUCAGAGCACAGUCACUGGAGAGCUGAAUGCACCCUACAGUAAGCAGUUUGUCCACUCCAAGUCAUCACAGUACCGGAGAAUGAAGACUGAAUGGAAAUCUAAUGUGUAUCUGGCCCGGUCUCGGAUCCAGGGACUGGGCCUGUAUGCUGCUAGAGACAUUGAAAAACACACUAUGGUCAUCGAGUACAUCGGAACAAUUAUUCGAAAUGAGGUUGCAAACCGGAAGGAGAAACUUUAUGAGUCUCAGAACCGGGGUGUGUACAUGUUCCGCAUGGACAAUGACCACGUAAUUGAUGCCACACUCACUGGAGGACCUGCAAGAUACAUCAACCACUCCUGUGCCCCUAACUGUGUGGCUGAAGUCGUGACCUUUGAGAGAGGACACAAGAUUAUCAUCAGCUCCAACCGGAGGAUACAGAAAGGAGAAGAGCUCUGCUAUGACUAUAAGUUUGACUUUGAAGAUGACCAGCACAAGAUUCCGUGUCACUGUGGAGCGGUGAACUGCCGGAAGUGGAUGAACUGAAUGCAUUCCUUGCUAUCUCACCGGGUGGCUCGUCCCUAGGAAGAGGCGAUUCAACACUUCAUUGGAUUUUGCAGACAGAAAGAUAUUUUUGUUUUCUGACUUUUUAAGAAACAGCUUCUGGGAGCUCUGCUUCCUCAGCCUUGUCUAAAGGAUGCACAGCACAGCGUAGCCAGCUAGGCUGCCUUGCUGCACGCUGAGGUCAGCAGACUCACAGAAUGGUCCAGCACUUUUUUUUUUCUUUUUUCUUUUUUCUUUCCUUCCUUUUGUUUCCUUGUGGGUGGGUUUUGUUUUGUUAUGUUUGUUAGUCUCACUAAGGAGAACUUUUACUGGGGCAAAGAGCCGGUGGCUGCCCUGCCCCAGGGUGGGGGCCUUCCUAUGAAUGUAAGACUGAAAUCACCAGCGAAGGGGGCUGUCCAGAGUGCUGGCCACGCCUUACUGACAGGGGCAGGCCCUCAGUUUAACUAAAGUGGACACCACUGAUCAAGGAAUGUACUGAGAUGACUUCCUUAGGGAUAGAGCUAAGGGAUAAUAACUUGCACUAAAUACAUUUGAAUACUUGAUUCCAUGAGUCAGUUUAUUGUAGUUUUUGAUUUCUGUAAAAUAAGAGAAACUUUUUGUAUUUAUUAUUGAAUAAGUGAAUGAAGCUAUUUUUAAAUAAAAGUUAGAAGAAAGCCAAGCUGCUGCUGUUACCUGCAGAACUAACAAACCCUGUUACUUUGUACAAAUAUGUAAAUAUUUUGAAAAAAAAAACAGUAUAAAAAUAGUUAUUGACCAAAUGCUACCAGGCGCUGCAGCAGCUCGGGUGCUUAUAACCGUGGUAGGGAUGUUACAAUAUAAUUUUGUGUUAUUAAAUAUGCCAUUAUAAUUAUGUAAUAACCAAAAUUUUGCCCCGGUAUUCCUGGGCUUUUUGGAAACUGUCUCUUAGUGCUUGUUUUCUACACCUAACUUCUGACAGCAGCGCGUGUGCUACAACUACAACUUUUAUAGCUGUUGGUGAUUUAAACUAAUGUUUCAUAUUAUAUUGUUGCAUCCCUACUUCUUCAGUCAGGUUUUUUUGUGCUUACAAUUUGUGAUAACUGUGAAUAACGGCUUAAACACAAACCCAAAUGGAGGCUGAAUUUUUUCUUCAGCAAAAGUAGUUUUGAUUAGAACUUUGUUUCCAACCUCACAGAAUCAUGUAAACAUAGAGUCAUGUAGCAGGGACCUAACCCAACUCCUUAGCCUUCUAUUUAACAUAAAAAUUUGAAAAAGAAAAAAAAAGAGAGAGAAAUGGAGAGAGUGAGAGAUGUGAUUAUGCUCCCAGCUGCAGGACUCUGGCAAUAGGGUUUUUCGAAGAUGUAAUUUUAAAAUGUGUUUGUAUGAACUUGUUUGUUUACAUUUCUUUAAUAAAAAAACACACUGUUUUGUGUUUGCUUGUAGAAACUUAAUCAGCAUUUAAACCAGGUUAGCUUUUUAUUUUGUACUUAAAAAUUCUGGUACUGACACUUCACAGGCUAAGUAUAAAAUGAAGUUUUUGUGUGCACAAUUCGAGUGGACUGUGAGCUGUGGGUACAUUCAGUGACUCAGCUCUCAGCUUGUAAUGUAUAUGGCAUGAUGUAUUUUUAUCUUACAGAAUAAAUCAAUUGUAUAUAUUUUUCUCUUGAUAAAUAGCUGUAUGAAAUUUGUUUCUUGAAUAUUUUUCUUCUCUUGUACAAUACUCUGACAUCCUACCAGUAUUUGUCCUGCCGAGUUUGGUUGUUUUCUGUUCUGUAUAAUAGUAUCUAAUGUUGGCAAAAAUUGAAUUUUUUGAAGUAUACAGAGUGUUAUGGGUUUUGGAAUUUGUGGACACAGAUUUAGAAGAUCACCAUUUACAAAUAAAAUAUUUUACAUCUA